ACAAAACAAAAAGAAAAUGAAGAAAAUUCUUCAUCUACAAUUUCUGUUUCUUGUCAAGAUAGCUGUUACUCAGUUCCUUACUGUUUCUUCUUCUUCUAUAGCUCUUGUUUACACUUCCAUGGCUACUUUCUCUCCUGGAAUUCAAAUGGGAAGUGGCGAAGAACACAGAUUAAAUGCUCAUAAGAAACUUCUGAUUGGUCUCAUAAUCAGCUCUUCUUCUCUUGGCCUUAUAAUCCUUUUCUGUUUCGGUUUCUGGGUUUAUCGGCGCAAGAAAUCUCCCAAAUCCAUCAAGAAUACAGAUGCUGAGACUGGAAAUUCAUUUUCCAUGUUUAUGAGACGACUAAGCUCAAUCAAGACUCAGAGGAAAACAUCUAUCAAUAAAGGUAACGUGCAGUGUUUCGAUUCCAAGACGCUAGAGAAAGCAACAGGUGGUUUCAAAGACAGUAAUGUAAUCGGACAAGGCGGUUUCGGAUGCGUUUACAAGGCUUCUUUGGACAGCAACACAAAAGCAGCGGUUAAAAAGAUCGAAAACGUUUGCCAAGAAGCAAAACGCGAGUUUCAGAAUGAAGUUGAGUUGUUGAGAAAGAUCAACCACUCGAACAUUAUCUCAUUGUUGGGCUCUGCCAGUGAAACCAACUCGAGUUACAUCGUUUAUGAACUGAUGGAGAAAGGAUCCUUAGAUGAUCAGUUGCAUGGACCUUCUUGUGGAUCAGCUCUAACAUGGCAUAUGCGUAUGAAGAUUGCUCUUGAUACAGCUAGAGGACUAGAGUAUCUCCAUGAGCAUUGUCGUCCACCAGUUAUCCACAGGGAUUUGAAGUCGUCUAAUAUUCUUCUUGAUUCUUCCUUUAACGCCAAGAUUUCAGAUUUUGGUCUUGCGGUUUCGGUUGGUGUGCAUGGCAAGAACAACAUUAAACUCUCUGGGACACUUGGUUAUGUUGCCCCAGAAUAUCUCUUAGACGGAAAGUUGACGGAUAAGAGUGAUGUUUAUGCAUUUGGGGUGGUUCUUCUUGAACUCUUGUUGGGUAGACGGCCGGUUGAGAAAUUGAGUCCAUCUCAGUGCCAAUCUCUUGUGACUUGGGCAAUGCCACAACUUACCGAUAGAUCGAAGCUUCCAAACAUCGUGGAUCCGGUUAUAAAAGAUACAAUGGAUCUUAAGCACUUAUACCAGGUAGCAGCCAUGGCUAUGCUGUGUGUGCAGCCAGAACCAAGUUACCGACCGCUGAUAACCGAUGUUCUUCACUCACUUAUUCCAUUGGUUCCGGUAGAGUUAGGAGGCACUCUCCGGUUAACACGAUGACUUGACAAUAUUUGAUAACACGCAAAAUCCAAAUCCAAUUAUCUUUUGUAUAGGGAGAGAAUGUGAGAUUAGAAGUUUUCUAGGGUUGUUGAGUUCUAUAAUUCUAGUUGUUGGAUUUGUAAAUUGUUUAUAUUAAAUUCUCACGUCACGUUUUGUGACUAGUGUGUAUUUUUGUGCUUUUGUAACAACUAACACGGUAAGACAAGUUUAUCUAAAUUCAAAUGAAAACAAAGGAUCGGAAUGUGUUUC